AUGCGGUCCUACUCAGCAGCCCUCCUCCUCGGCCUCGCCGCACUGACGCCGGUCACACCCGUCCAGGCCGACUCGACCGUCUUCUCGCAGUUCUUCGGUGCGACGACGGCGAACCCCCCGAGUGCGACCGAUAGCUUGUACUUGUUCACCAUCUGCACGAACGCGGUCCACGGCCUGCCGGUGCUGACGGACCUCUCCCACAGCGAGUCGAUCCAGCUGGAGCAGGUGGCCGUCGACGCCGUCUGCCAGGGCUGUACGGGUCUGGGCCAGACGCGGAUCGACUCAUGCUGCGCGCUGGCCACGUCGUCGGCCUGCUUCGACCAGUUUGCCGCAGAGAACAAUGCGGCCCAGUCCACGCCCGCGUCUGCCAGUGCCUCGACCACCGGCUUGACGGCCGGCGACUCCAGUCCCACGGCCGGCACCUCCCCCAAUGGCGCCGUCAUGGUCCAGAACAAGGAUCUCGUGGCCGGUUCCUUCUUCGGAGCCGUCGUUGGCGUUGUCGGGUGGUUGUUGUAG